AUGCUCCCUUACACCGAACUACCAAGAGAUUUUUCCAAAAUUUGCUUGGGCUCUGUGAUAGUGAAGAGUAUGUUUACACCACAUGAUGAUGAGCACAUUACUAAUUUACCACUAAUUGGUGCCGGGUCUUUACUUUCUCCAAUUAUGAAAAAUUGUGGCUCAAAGGUUUUCAUUUCAACUGCACUCCACAAUGUUUUAAAGCUUGGAAAUUCUUUGGUGAAGUUGGAGGUCCAGUUUGGUAAACAAGCAGCCCAUCCAUUAUUUGUUUUGUGUGGAAAGAUUGUUAGUCAUGGAAGACCUUUGUUUCCACUGAAAUGUUAUCCGAAUGAAGAUUGGGCUAUUUUGGAAAUACUUGAAAAAACAAGUGGGGAGAUUUUUGAAAUGUUUAUAGAUCACCACGAUUAUACUUUUGUACCAAGCUUUAUGAUUCCGAGACCUUCAAAAGUGGAGAAAACUAUUCUCAAUGAUAGAUAUUCAUUGGCUUUGUUCUCCUUUCUUUUGCACCAUUAUGGACCAACAAGUGAAGAUAUUGAGGUUUUGAAACGACAAGGUCAUCAUGAUAUUCCUCUCCUAAAGGAACAAAUCAUGGAAUGGAUUGAGACUGGUGUAAUGUAUGGAAGUUUUGGAUAUGGAACAAAAAUCUCCAAACAAACUCUCCUUCAUUCAGUUGGAACUUUAAGUGCUUGUUCAGGAGCAAUGGUUAUUGGUGUAGAUUUACCAUUGGGUAAAGAUAUGGUUAUAUUUAAGGACCAUCUCAAGUCGGUUAGUUUCAAUAAGAUAAAUGCUAUUGGAAUACAUGUUGGUUAUGGAGAGGACCAACAACAUAAUGUGUUGUGUCCAGUUAGUGUAUGGUUUGAAAAUUAUUAUAGAAUUGUCUAUCCAGAAAUUUGUAAUUAUUUAACCAAUGAUGACAAAAGAAGAAUUCAAAAAGAAGCCAUAUUCAUGCAGAGACUGGAUAAAUAUCAAAGACAUAAGAUGAUGACAUUAGCAUUUUGCGACGUGAAGAUUAUUUGUCAAGAAAAAUCAAAUAGCAGAGAAGACGGAGCUUGUUGUAAAAUAGUUUAAGAUUGCAAUCGAACCCACAAGGGAGUAUUUAAAUCCAAGUUAUCAUCAAAUUUUAUUUAAACAAUUUCAAU